AUGGCCCUGGAAGCUGUUCAGUCUACUUCUAGAAAAACUAUUGAGCCAACUUCAAGUCCCAGGAUUUCUUUCUCUGCUGAUUUCCUUGAUGAAAACACCUUCAUUUCCAUCAACCCGCAUUCUCAAAAUGAAGAGGAAGAGGCAGAGAAGGAUCAGAAGGAGAUCAAGGAGAAAGACAAGGCAAGAGUUGCAGAAUUUGAGUUCCUUUCAAGCAAUGUGAGCAGCCAUGCCAUGUUGACUGCGGAUGAGCUUUUCUUUGAAGGAAAGCUGCUUCCCUGUUGGCAAAUGCAACAUUCCGAGAAGCUCAAAAAAAUUAAUCUUAAAACAAAAGAUGCAGAACAAGAAGAAGAAGAAGAAGAAGAAAUAGCUAACAAGGAGGAGAGUAGGGUAAGUUGGUUUGUCGAUGAUGACCCAUCUCCAAGGCCACCAAAAUGUACUGUAUUGUGGAAAGAGUUGCUGAGGUUGAAGAAGCAACGCGCUUCUUCUUUAUCGCCAUCAUCUUCUUCCUCUUCAACGUCAUCUUCUUCAAGCUCGCUGGCUGACAUAGCUACAGCAGAUGAAGGAAAAGAAGGGUCUGGGGAUAGAGAUAAGCAUGUGAAGAGGAUAAAAAAAGGGUUGGAAAGAACAAGAUCAGCAAGCAUUAGAAUAAGGCCAAUGAUAAAUGUGCCUAUUUGCACACAAGUGAAAAGCAGUGCAUUGCCUCCUCUGUUUCCCCUUAAGAAAGGAAGAUUAGAGAGGUGAAGGUAACAGGCAUAGUUGAGUUUGAUCUGAAAUUUAGGCUUGUUCAAAAUGUUCAUUUGUUUUUAAUUUCAUUUUCAAUUUUUAAACCUUUUUUUUUUUCUGUUCUUUUAUGUUUAGAUAAAUCUUGAAUAUGAUGGAUCGAAGUCAGAUGCAUUGCGAUGUAAAUAAAUGUUGACUGGCAUUUGUCGGUUUUCUACAUUUUUUUUACCGGCUAGACUUUCAUUU